AGUUGACGGUAUUGGCUUAGACCGCAGUCGCUUCAAAAUGGUGUCGUUUUUCGGCCUCAGGUUCGGUGGCGACAAGAAGAAGUCUCAGAGCAAGCAAUCCGACAAGAAGCAAGUGGCCCAGUCGAAUCAGCGAUAUGGCAAAAACAGCCCCAAUGACAGCUUCAAAUUCCCGCCGCCCCAGCAGACCUCCUCCCGGUCGGGCUCCUCGACAUCGACUGCUCGAAACCUGGGCUGGCGCGCUACCCUCAAAGGCGUGCCGGCGGCCUUGUCCAUGGUCGACCUCACGUCGCCCCGGAAACCCAGCAUGGGCAGCCUGCGGCAUGGGCUCGACGGCGGGGGCUUCAAGCCUUGGAUGAAACCGAAUGCGAGCAUGACCAACCUUGCUGUACCGAAUCCAUUUGGAGUAGACAAGGUGCCGCCGCUGCCUGCGGGCUCGAGACAGUCUGCUUUGAUAGAUCCUCUCGACGCCCGUUUUAAUAAGAAGUCUGGAAGUACUACAAACUCCACAAGUCAUAGUGGAGGUGGUAGCUUACAGAGAUCGGGAAGCAAGAGCCCAUUGGGUCAGUCUGAUCUGAAAGCCGAGCCGGAGCUGAUGCCGGAGCAGGAGCCAGAGCCAGAACCAACCAGAAAGGAUUCUGAGAGCCUGGCCGGAUUGGGGGAGUUUGACGAGUUUGGUGAACCCGGACCCGAUGUUGGCAUUCGUGGUUCAGGAUACGCUGGAUAUCCAUCGCCUCCUCAGUCGGUCGAAACCGAAGAACAAUGGCCUCCCGUGUCUCCGGUUGAUGGAGAGGUAGGCGUAGAAGCAGAUGCGGAACAGAAUGGAGAGGCAGACAUGAAAGCAGGCGUAAAUCAGACACAGCAGCAAUUUAUCGUUCCAGGAUUCGCCAACGGACCUGGCCCUGCUAUGCUUCCCAGCCCAUCCUCGUCAACAUCGCGCAAAAGCGAAGAUACGCGGGGAUCGCCAGUUGUACAAAACGUCCACGCAAAACGGGAUACGUUGACAUUCAUCUCCUCUCGGAGAAGAAGCUUCACAAUGGUCGUCGAGGAAGAAGAGCUCGAAAAGCACCGGCAACAGCAGCAGCAUCGUGUAGAAGGCCUCGCAGGCAACUUUUCUGAUUUCGACUUUGGCCAUGGAGUGGUGAACCAGCAGACUGUGGCCGUUGGAACGCUUGGAAUAGAGCUGGUGCAGAGCCCGAUCCAAAUGGAGAGGCCGCAUCCGUUUAAAGAUGCUGAACAUGUUGAAGCCGUUGAAAGUGCCAAGAGCAUUGAGAAGGGCGCGAGGGCUGAAGAUAUGGAAGGUUCUGCUGGCGAUGUAUUGAGUGAACAGGAUCAACAAAGCGAGCUGAGCGAUACGGCAUAUUUGGCGUCACCUGUUGCAUCACCGAUUGAAUCGCCAAUUGAUUCCUUUAUGGCAUCGCACUUUGCAUCGCCCUUUGCAUCGCCCAUGGCACCACAAAAGCAAUUUCGGGCUUUUAGCCCUUUCAGCCCUCAGCGACUCCAAGUGGAAAUACCCGAUGAUGCUUCGCCAUCCGCACCGGUACAGCAGCCACUGCCAUCGCCUUCUGCUGUUUCCGCUGGCGUCGAAAGCCCUCGCCCAAACCGAAGACCCUCUCAAAUGAUGAUGGAAACUCCAAAUGCACUGGCAUCGGUUUUGCAUUCGUUCGGAUCAACCCCGCCUCAGGGCUUCAAUUCACGAAUGACAACCGAAUCUCGUGCCCGCGGCCCUCCGCAGCCGCUACAGCAAGCCGCAUUCCCAAGUCUUGCCGCCCGGAUGGAAACUCCCUCGCAGAGUCCCCGAACGCCAUAUGGCCCUGCUGCGGAUGAAGGCAACUAUAUGCGGACAGAGGAGGCACCGCGACCACCCAUGGACCGAGUGCCCAUGAGCCCUUUUGCUGCUAGAACCCCUAUGGAGGGCGAGUUUCCAGUCAUGAAGGGGCUUCCUCGAGGGCGACAGCCUCUUCGCCCGCAGGUGCCUUUUGAGGACUCCCCAGACAGACGGACCGAGGAACGAAGCCCUCGCCCAUUUUCCAAAUGGGGAGGCUUUGGAUUUGACCGGUCAGACACGCGAAACUCCCCACUGCCAAAACCACCACGAACUCCAAAGGGUCAGCCCCCGGCCUCACCAAGCUGGUCUCUCUCAACCCCUACAUCCGAUAUUGCACCGCGAAUUCCUAGCCCGACGUUUCCAUCUCUUGAAAAAGCCAUAUCAGCCACGAGCGAAGAUUUGGCCAAGUCGUUUGAGAUGACUUUUGAUGCUCCUCAGCCGUCGCCUCUUGCGAACGAAUUCUCCAUCCAUGAUGUUGCUAGCCCCAGCGUAAAGUCAAGCCCCGUAAUACGCGUUGAAGCAAAAAAGGCACCUCCACGGCCUACACCCUCGCCAAUCAACUUGCCGCCACUUAUGAGAGAGAAGGGCCCAUUAACGCCAAGUCCCCUGUAUUCCCCUUCAGGAUCGACAUUUAUCUAAAGGAUUUCCUUUCCACCCAGUCACAAUUUCUUUCUCUUUGUUUUUUUUUUCCCCCUAGCUUUUUUCUUGUUGUACUUAACGACCGUGUUGACAUGGGAUGACGGAGCAGGGUUUAUUUUGAUGCUUUUUGCAAGCGUUGGGUUUUUUUCUUCUUUUACAAAAAGAUGUUUUCAUUCACGUCAUUCGUUACUAUCUGUACAGAACGUACAUUCUAUAAUUACCAGCUGGGCUAGUAUUUGAGUCGAUUAUCGGAGGAAUUGUGUAGCUACUUGAGGGAAAGGGGUGCUGUUUUCUGUUUUGCAAGAGGGGGACUGUAUUAGUAUAGUGAAGAAAAUUUUGGCCCAGGAUAUAUAAAUAUGUACAUGCAUAGGAUGUUGCAAAAAGGAUGAUGUUCAAUUGGACCCAACAACGCCGAGUGUGCUUAAUCGCAGAUUCCAGAAUAUACUGUACUUUUGGGAGAACAAGGUGAGAAGACGAAAGAAUAAACAAUGCUAUAUACAACAAUUCCUCACACUCUACGCGCAACUCCCCCCCUUUUCCUCGUCUAGUUCAAAAACAACCUCAAAUUCCCCCCUACGUUUUUCAAGUCGAGCAAAAAUGUGUCGUGGCCGAACAAACUCGUCUCCUCGCUCAGCUCUACGUGUGUGACGCUGCGAUUUCCGCCUAGGCAUAGAGACUCGGCAAUCUCACGCUGCUGCCAUGCCGGGAAGAGGAUAUCGCUGGCAACACCCAUGACGAGCGUGGGGAUAUCGCGGAGGGCAGACAGGCCGCGAAUCAAGUCUUCGGGAGGUCGAGAGGAUGCUGGGUUUGGUGGCGAUGAGGGAGAGUCUGAGGUUCCGCCAAACUCGGUGCUGCUCUGAGAAUCGGGCUGCUCUUGGUAGGGCUCGCUGGGAAGGGUGAGGCUACAUUGGGCAUCGGCGGACUCGGAAUAUUCACCGGCGGCGAGGGCAUCCUUUCGAGCGGCGCGGC